UAUAUAGAGAAGACGACUGCUACAGUUACAAUCAUACAAUCUUCGUUAAAUUUCUGGGUGGAGCUGCUUUAAUCUCAUGGAAUUUGUUCGUUUCUUGAGUCUUUCUCUCAUCCAUUACCAUUGAUUCAUAUCUUUCUGAGUAAACUGUCCAAGAAUCACUGACUCAUGCCUGUUGGACCUAAGUCACUACUUAGAAGAAACGGAGAGAUGAAUUCUCAUACCCGGAACCGGAACCGACCUGCUGCCCCUCCCGAGCGUAGAUUCAGAGGCAAUGUGACGAAUCCAGCAUACAUCACUCAGGUUACACAAUCACAGUACCGGAUCCCACCGGCUGAAGCUCUUAAUAAGAUGAAGAUGCUUGAACAUUGUGAUCGGGCUGUUAUCAAUCCAAUGUUUCAUACACCUUCUCCUGACCAUCCAUCUAAUGAUCCAAAAAUCAAUGAGUUCAUCAGCGUUGACAAAGCAGUCAUCAAUUUCUUCUUUGGUCGAGGUGUGCCAGACUACAAUAAGAUCAAGGCUACUAAUAAUGAUGAUCAGAGGAGCCACAUACACACUCCUCCAGACAAUUGGGUUGACCAGUACCCCCUUCAUAGUGCUGCAUAUGAAGGUAAUGCUACUGAGGUUGCACAGCUCCUUCAUAGAGGCUACCCAGCUGAUCAACCUGAUGUACAUCUAUGGGUACCACUUCACUAUGCAUGUUGGAAUGGACAUGUGGAAGCGGUGAAAACUCUCCUUCUAAAUCACAACUGUUCACCUAACACAGAGAAUGACAGUGGGUCAACGCCGCUUCAUUUCUCAGCAUUCAAAGGUCAUGCGGAGGUCGUACGAUUACUGUUGAAUCAUAGAGACAUUGACAAGUUUGUAGUGAAUAAAGAAGGAAGAACUCCCCUGCAACUUUGUGAAGAAUCCAGGCAACAUGACUGGGAAACCACAAAAAAACUACUCAAGGAAGCCAAAGAAAAACCAUCUCACAUAAAGAUUGAUGUACAUCUAAUGGACCUGGAUGGAUCACACGUGGUACUAGAUCUAGAGAAAGGCAGUAAUACAUUAAUAGCAGAUCUUGUUCAGCAAUUGCAGUUACCGAGAGGUGGUCUUCAGAUCUUUGCUGUAUGGAUUGCUUCACAAAACCUGCACUUACAGAUGCGCCCAGAGCAUAAACCUGUGUUACAUUUAAAGCAAUGGGAUUCCAUCAUAAGACAACUCACUAACUACAACCCUGAUACAGAGCGCCCUCUACUGUAUCUCAAGAGAGAUGCUCUACUCACGGUGGAAGAAGAGAGAACAAUUCGAGAUCCCCAAGCCAUCAAGAUGCUGUUUGAUGAGUGUUUGCUGAAUGUAUUAAAGGGAAUGUAUCCAUGUAAUGAUGCUGAUGUUAUCACACUAGCUGGUAUCUAUAUGCAGAUUACAUAUGGUGACCAUGAUCCUAAGAGGCAUAGAGCAGGAUUCUUGAACAACAUCAACCUGAGGCAUUUCAUCCCAAGCAUCAAAUUAGAGGGUAAAGGUCAAAGCUCAAGGAGUACAAACUGGGCUCAGAAGAUUGUUAAUGAACAUCGGAAUGUCACACAGAAAGGCAUUAGAGAUGUCACGAAAUUACAAACGAUGUACUUGGAGAUUUGUCGGUCCUUCCCUGUGUAUGGUUCGGCCAUAUUCUUUGGGUCAGCACAGCUUGGUGGUAGCCGGAGAGGUCAAGGAGGGUCACAGAGGUCACCAGCUGCAUUUGUUGGGGUCAACUCUAGAGGGAUACAUCUCAUUAAUGCCAUCAGUAAGAUGAUGAUUCUGAGUGUUGGAUACAAGCAAGGAUUGACAUGGGAAAUAUCAAGUGACAUGCAGACAUUGACUCUACUCAUCCAAGAUGGCAAUGGCUACAGGUCUCUACCAGUUAAGACUAAACAGGCCGCCAUCAUCAGCAAUCUAGCCAAUAAGCUUUCAGGAAGAAUGAGUCCAGAAGAUCAACCCUCGACGAGUAGAGCCAACAGCUUACAAAGACAUUGAUCUGUAAUACCUUCCAACUAGUAAAGCCAACGGUUUACAGAGACAUUGAUCCGUAAUACCUUCAACUAGUAUAACCAACGGUUUACAAAGACAUGGAUCCGUAAUACCUUCAACUAGUAGAGCCAACAGCUUACAAAGACAUUGAUCUGUAGUACCUUCAACUAGAAGAGCCAACAGCUUACAGAGACAUUGAUCUGUACUACCUUCCAACUAGUAAAGCCAACGGUUUACAGAGACAUUGAUCCGUAAUACCUUCAACUAGUAGAGCCAACAGCUUACAAAGACAUUGAUCUGUAGUACCUUCAACUAGUAUAACCAACAGCUGACAGAAACAUUGAUCUGUGAUACCUUCAACUAGUAGAACCAACAGCUUACAGAGACAUUGAUCUGUAAUACCUCAACUAGUAGAGUCAAUGGUUUACAGAGACAUUGAUCCGUAAUACCUCAACUAGUAGAGCCAACAGCUUACAGAUACAUUGAUCUGUAAUACCUCAACUAGUAGAGCCAAUGGUUUACAGAGACAUUAAUCUGUACUACCUUCAACUAGUAUAACCAACAGCUUACAGAGACGUUGAUCUGUAAUACCU